GGAUGCGUUCCGCUCCUCAAGCAACAAGGAACGAGAUGACGACAGCGCGCUAACAACUUUAGCCGGAUAGCUAACGCUAUCUGGUGUACGUGCGGUGGAGGGGAAUUCACAUGAAAUAGCAGUGUAACCCCAAACAUUUAACCUUUUAUUUUAGCUCAGUCACCAGGUUAUUUAAUUAUGCCGAGCAAAAAGAAGAAGUACAACGCCAGAUUCCCUCCGGCAAGGAUCAAGAAGAUUAUGCAAACAGAUGAAGAGAUAGGAAAAGUGGCUGCAGCGGUUCCUGUCAUCAUAUCCAGAGCUCUGGAGCUGUUUCUGGAGUCUUUGCUCACAAAGGCCUGUCAAGUCACCCAGUCAAGGAACGCAAAGACCAUGACAAUGUCCCACCUAAAACAGUGCAUAGAAUUGGAGCAGCAGUUUGAUUUCCUAAAGGACCUGGUGGCCACGGUACCAGACAUGCAGGGCGAGGGGGAGGAGAACCAUAUCGAAGGCGGAGAAAAAGUCCCGCGCAGAGGCAGGAGGCCGGGGACGGGCCGUAAAAAUGGAGGGGCCGGCUCCAAAGGCAAAGAAAAGAAGCUGUCUGGAACAGAAUCGGAGCAAGAGGACGACUCUGAGGACAGCGAGACGGACGGAGACGAGGACGGCUCUCAGUCCAGCACAAACCAGCAGGCUGCAUCCAGGUUCCACAGCCCCAACGCGCCCCCCCACUACGCGAGCAACAUGGUGUCGAUGGGAGGCCUGGUUCCAGCGCAGCCUCUGGGGGCCGUGGCCUUCGCUCCCCAUCCUUCCGCAAUGAGCAACGUGCCGCCUCCCGCACCUCCUGCGCCGCACAAAACGGAGGAUGACGAUGAUGAAGACUAUGACUCUUAGCUGCCCCCCCUCCACGCUCUCUCCCCCUGUCUCUCAAACCGGGAUCCCACACAGUUGUUUUCAUAUUCUUACGUUGAUCUGCUGCUAUAACCAGCAGCGGGAAAGACUCUGAAGAGAGCUGAAAGAGAACCCCCCCCCCCAAUUCUAUGAGAGGCAGACAGUCCCCUUGUACAUGAUAUGUUUUAAUUUUCUUUCUUUUUAAGGCUUUUAUUUGUAGGAAUAAAAAGUCAGUGGAGGAUGUUUUUUAAAAAGUUUUUGCAGGAUGGGAAAGCUUCAGCGUUUUUUCUUUUGGCACUCUUUUCUUUUUUUGUCUUUUUUUCCUAACUUUCUGAAAAGGUGAAGCAUAUCAGUGACCCUCAGGUCGGUGCAGAAGUGGUAGGCGAAGCUUUACUCCAGUAUUUGAUGCUCGCACUGAGACGACGGGUGAAGCUGGUCGGUGUUUGAGGCCGGUUGGAAGACGACCAGUACCGCUAAAGUGUUAUUAACCUGUCAUCCCGCAGCUCCAAAUCCUGCUGUAAAAUCCUGAUCUAUGUUUUUUGGUUUCUCUCACAUCUUUCUGCUAAAUCCUUUUAAAUAAAGAAGUUGCUUUACUAUAGGUUAGUGGUUCACGUUUUUCCCUCCUUCCUUUUAGACUUUUAUGCAGGUGAGCUCCCAGCACGUCAGCAGGUGAACGGUUUACUGUCGGAGCUGGAAAUCUGAUUCUGAAUUUUUUCCACAACCACCAUGCAGUGAGACUCUAGGAGCAUGAGUUUGGUUUUAAGGUUCUUCCUCUCUAGCUUCAGUUUUGCUCCUGAAUCAGGAACGUUUUUUUUUUUUUCCCUCUCUUUUAGAUUGUUUUAAAUGACGGCAGAGAUGGGGCUCUCUUGUAUUUGUUGGUAUAAAAUGGUUGCAAACAGGCAGUUCUCGCUGUAUUGUAAACUUUUAACAUUCGUUUUAUUUUGUAUGGAUGAAAUAAAGUUCAUAUUUCCAAUAGAA